AUGGGAACGGAAGAUUGGAUAGCAGUUGAAUCCCAUCCUUUCAAUCCUAUCCUUUUCGGGACUGAUGAUGCCACAGUAUGCUACAAGAAAGAAUCCGAUAUUCAGGUAGGGAUUUUUUUUACGUUAAACAUGAAUAAAAGUAUAUUAAGUUACAUUGCUUUCAAAACAAGGUGUCGUGAAGCUCCAACGAAUAUUGUGAAGUUUAACCAUAGAAAUAAUAUCCCCAAUCCCUUAUUUUGUAAGCCCUAAACAUGGCGACCAAGCGCAAACAAAUCCAAAUCAGACAAACGUUUUCAGAAUUAUUAAAUUUCCAUAAAGUUGGAUGGUUGAGUCACUUUUUCUCUCACUUUUUCCUUAACAAAGUUUUCAGAGUUUAAAUGCAGACGACAUUAAAAUACACAACGUUUUUUCUGAUAAUGCUUGUGUCGACAGUAUUAUUCUUCAAAACUUGGUAACUAAAGAUCAAAAAUGAUUGUGUUAAAAUAUUUGGCGUACGCGAAUUUUGUAUUGUUGUGUGUUUUGUCAUAAUUUUUUCUUACCUUUAAAGAUAACAAAAACAAUUUUCUUCUAUCAUACUUAGGCAGCCGGAAUGGUGGCAUUUUACAUUGUGACUAAAGGUGAACAUCCCUUUGGAGGAAAACCAGACCGACUUCGCAACUUACUUGAUGGUAACCCAGUUUAUUUGGAUAAGUUGAAGAAAUAUCCUGCUGCAAAAGAUUUGAUAUCUUGGAUGCUGAACCACGACCCUAAAGAUAGACCGUCAGCUGAACAAGCGUUGAAACACCCUUACCUUCAGUCCAAGGAACAGCUGUUUGAAAUGCUGUGCAAAAUGGGAAACCAAGAAGAGAUCAAAGCAGGCGACAACAACUCAGCUGUCGUACGAGAGUUAAAUAAUGACCCCAUAAAUUGGAAAACUCGGAUGAGACCUGAUGUUCUGAAGUAUUUAUGUACUGAUUUCAUGAACGGGAAACCAAAAAAAUUUUCUUAUAAGUCGUCGUGGACGGAAUGUUUACGACUUAUCCGAAAUGUCAACCAACACUGGCAUAACCGACCACGUCCACUGCCUCAACCCGAAGCAUUCUAUGUAGUGGGUGAUCCCCAAGAGUACUUCCUCAACCUCUUCCCCAACCUUCCUGUCGACGUUCACAGAAUUGUCAGGUCAUGUGAUUGGAAAGAGCGACCUGACCUUAAGGAAUACUUCACAUAA